AGUUUGGUAUGAACGCAUACCUGCUCAGAAAAGCUCAAUUCGCUGGCCCUACUUAGGAGUUCUAUUCUUUUUGUGACACAACAAUUUUGUCAACACAAUAAUAGCAUUGUUCUAUGCAUAAAUAAGGAAUCGUUUGACAUUCCACGUGGUCAAGGUCACAGAGGUGGUGAUGUUGAGUUAGGAGAAUAUGCAAUGAAUUCAGGAGACCUGGGCUUGGAUGGUUUCUUCAAAAAGGUUCAAGAGCUUGAUAAACAAUAUGCUAAACUGGAUAAGCUUUUGCAAAAGCUCCAGGAUGCCCAUGAUGAGUCCAAAUCUGUGACAAAGGCUCCUGCCAUGAAGACUAUAAAGCAGAGAAUGGAGAAAGAUGUUGAUGAAGUUCAGAAAACUGCACAUUAUUUAAAGAACAAAAUUGAAGAACUGGACAAAGAGAAUUUGGCAAACAGGCAGAAGCCUGGGUGUGGAAAAGGAUCAGGUGUUGACCGGUCAAGAACAGCAACAACCAUUUCAUUAAAAAAGAAACUGAAGGAUAAGGUGGCAGAAUUUCAGGCCCUAAGAGAAGCUAUCCAUCAAGAAUAUCGAGAUGUUGUUGAGAGACGUGUUUUUACAGUUACUGGCACAAGAGCUGAUGAGGAGACAAUUGACAGAUUAAUUGAAACUGGAGAUAGUGAACAAAUUUUCCAGAAGGCAAUCCGGGAACAAGGACGGGGCCAGAUAAUUGACACCUUGGCAGAAAUUCAAGAGCGACAUGAAGCAGUUAGAGAUGUUGAGAGAAAGCUUCUUGAUUUACAACAGAUAUUUAUGGAUAUUGCGGUGUUGGUUGAUGCACAAGGAGACAUGCUUGACAACAUAGAAUCACAGGUUUCAAGUGCGGUGGACCACGUGCAACAAGGCAACAAUGCCCUCCAGAAGGCAAAGAAACUACAGAAGAACUCUAGAAAAUGGAUGUGCAUUGCUAUCAUUAUACUUCUCAUCGUUAUUAUAAUAAUCGUUGUUGGUGUCAUCAAACCAUGGGUUAGCCAAAAGGGUGCAUAGUUUCUAAUUUGUAAUUGACAAUCACAUUAUUUGUAUGCCAUCAAUUUUUCUCUGAUCCAUUCUUUUGUUUUCAUAUGUUUUAAAACAUUCUUUCCAAUGCUAUAUUGCUCUUGAAAGAAAGAUUGGAGCAACCUAUAAAAUAUUGAAUAAGUUGUAUACUAUUUUUACACAAAAGAAAAGGUAUUGAUUAUUUUACAUUGCUUAU